CCGCUGCAGAUCACACACAGCAAACCACAUUUCCUCCACCCCCACCUGCUCGGGGGCUCUCGCCUCCCUGCCCCACUCCUCUCUCGCUGGUACCUUGCUGCCGCGCAGAGAUGGUAAACCUCACAGCAAGAGAUGUCGAGGUCACCAUGCGCAACCAGCACAGGGUGCGCAACGUCUCUAUCGUUGCUCACGUAGACCAUGGCAAGUCCACGCUGACGGACUCCAUGCUCUCCGCGGCGGGCCUCAUGGCGCUGGAGGACGCUGGCAAGGUGCGUGCCACGGACACGCGCGACGAUGAGGCCGAGCGUGGCAUCUCGGUCAAGGCCACGGCAGUCUCCUUCGGCUACGACUUCGGAGCAACGCGCACAGGCAUCGCGACCAGCGACAGCUACGUCGUCAACCUCGUGGACUGCCCCGGCCACGUUGACUUCUCGCCGGAGGUGACGGCUGCUUUGCGCCUCACCGACGGCGCCCUCGUCGUCGUAGACUGCGUUGAGGGCGUCUGCGUGCAGACGCAGACCGUGCUGCGCCAGGCGCUGGGCGAGAGAAUCAAACCCGUCCUCGUUGUCAACAAGCUGGACCGCUUCUUCCUCGAGCUCGAGCUCGACGGCGAGGAGGCGUACCAAGCGUUGCGCCGCGUUGUCGAGGACGCCAACGCCGUCGUCGCCAUGUACUCCGACAACGAGCUGAGGAACUGCCACAUGUCCCCUGAGAAUGGAACGGUGGCGUUUGCGGCGGGCUUACACGGUUGGGCCUUCACACUCUCCAGCUUCGCGAAGUUGUACUCCAGCAGGCCCGGCGUGGACGAGGCAAAGCUGAGGGGGCGGCUGUGGGGAGAUAACUUCUUCGACCCUGAAACCAAGAAGUGGACCACCUGCCACACGGGCUCUGCAACGUGCGAGCGCGGCUUCAUCCGCUUCUGCUACAAGCCUCUCAAGAAGGUGAUCGAAGCCUGCAUGAAUGACAAGACCAGCCUCUGGCCCCUGUUGGACAAGCUUGGAGUUGAGAUCAAGGCGGAGGCCAAGGAUUUAUCCGGGAAGAAGCUCAUGAGGCGGAUUAUGCAGGCGUGGCUGCCCGCCGGCGAGGUGUUGCUGGACAUGCUUGUCCUCCACCUGCCGUCUCCGGCCACAGCCCAGCGCUACAGAGUGGACAACAUCUUCGACGGACCCCUCGACGACGCCUACGCAAAUGCCAUCCGGAACUGUGACGCUGAUGGGCCGCUGCUGAUCUACGUCGCCAAAAUGGUUCCAGCUGUCGACCGGAUGGGCAGAAUGUACGCCUUUGGCCGUGUCUUCUCCGGCAAGGUCGCCUCGGGCAACAAAGUUCGCGUAAUAAGCAACAAGUACCUGCCCGGAGGCAGAGGGAAGGGGGAUGUCUUCGUCAAGACCGUCCAGCGCACCGGCAUAUUGGUGGGGAAGACAUUUCAGGCAGUCGACGGCGUGCUAUGCGGCAACACUGUUGCUUUGGCCGGUCUUGACGAUGUCAUCGUCAAGACAGCCACGCUCACCGAUGCGAGGGCGGUGUCUGCGGGCAUCAUUAAACCGCUCAAGUUUUCAGUCGCGCCGAUUCUUCGGAAGUCUGUAGCCUGCCGGAAUCCUGCCGACCUGCCCAAGCUGCUGAAGGGCCUGGAACGCCUAGUGAAGGCUGAUCCGCUAGUAGAGUGCUACGUGGAGGAGACCGGCGAGCACAUCAUCGCUGGUGCUGGCGAACUUCACUUGGAGGUGUGCCUCGACGACCUCAAGAAAAUGGCUGGCGUCGACAUCCUCAUCGGCGCACCGGUGGUACCAUACCGUGAGACUGUUGUUGGCUCAAGCCGGAUAGUAGCGACCAAGUCUCCCAACAAGCACAACCGUCUGUACAUGGAGGCCCGUCCGCUGGAGGAGGAGCUCGUGCAGGCCAUUGAGGACGGGCGCGUCGGCCCCCGCGACGAGGUCACAUCCCGCGCCAAGCUUCUGCGCGAGGAAUUCGGGUGGGAUGCCGGAGAUGCGAAGAAGCUCUGGUGCUUCGGCCCCGCGACAACCGGCCCCAAUCUACUCGUCAAUACUUGCAAGGGAGUUUACUACACCGGCGAGAUCCAGGACUCUGUCGUGAUGGCGUUCCAAGCGGCGUCCAAGGGAGGUGUUCUGGCGGAGGAGCCCCUGCGCGGCAUCCGGUUCCAUCUCUGUGAUGCGGUCCUGCACUCGGACUGCAUCCACCGUGGGUCCGGGCAGAUUAUACCCACGGCACGCCGCGCCAUCCACGCCGCGCAGCUGGCGGCGAGCCCGCGCCUGAUGGAACCGCUAUACCUCGCCGAGAUUCACGUGCCGAACAGCGCGGUGCCGGAAGUCUACAGCCUGCUGGAAAAAAGAACUGAGAUUUUGGAGCAUCAGGACUUGGGCUUCGACAGGGUCGUGGUGAAGGCGUUUCUUCCUGUAUCUGAGUCAUUCCACUUCAUGCAGCAGCUGCGGUCGAAGACGUCUGGGAAGGCCUUCCCCGAGCUGGCGUUCCACAGCUGGAGACUGAUAAAUUCUGAUCCGCUGGAGGAUGGUUCGAUGGCGUCGAUCGUCGUGGGUGAGGCUCGGGAAAGAAAGGGUCUCGGACCAUUGCCAACAUUGGAGGAGCUUGACUACAAGAUUUGAGUUAUGUUCGCCGAAUCCCUGUUUCCUCCUUCUGUCGCUAGCCUGCUUUCCUGUAAUCUGCUUUUUUGAAAAGACUUGCCUGUAAUCUGCCACCAGGGCGUCUUCUCUUUUCGUUGUGGAAGUUCCAGCUCUCCCUGAUGGUGCAGCCCUCUGUUGCUGCGUUUGCCUAGUCUGCUCCUUGAUAGGUUUAGUUUCUGUUGAGAUCGGGGGGUACGCGGUGCCCAUACUUUUACCAGAACU